AUGAACGCCUACCCUCCCGUAUUUCGUGGAGAUGGUCCCAAUGAUAAGCGACAAGCGUUCAAUGGCCGAGCUAAGCUGGACUGGAAUGGAAUCGAUAACUACGUUCCAGUUAUUCUAAACUUGUCAAGUCUCCAAGAUGAUCAAAAGAAAUUGAUUCUACUGGACUACGUGAUUCCAGUAGCGCUGCAAUGGUUCCAGUUUCUACACUUAUUAGGUCCAAAGCUUUCUAGUGCUCGUUUACUUUAUUCCAGUGCUGGCUGA